AUGGCAUCAGUGGGUGCCUUGACGGGUCCUUAUGUUCCAUUGGGUAAGCAACGUGCCAAGUUUGCCAAUGGUGGUUGUGGCGGUAGCCAUAUGAACUCUGUGGGAGCCUUCCCCGAGCAGUAUGUACCGUUGUGCAAGGGAAUGGUAGAUCCAGCCAACACUCCUGAUACGGUCGUCUACCAACAAGCCACGGGAAUGUAUCAGCUGUACCAAAAGAAACGAAAAGAAAUGAUCGAAAGAAUCCAAGUAGAACCCGAGGACAGUACCAAUCUCAAGACCACCCACACGGCCCCACCAGACUAUAGCGGAUCCGUGAAUGAUGAUCCCUUUGAAACCAUGCACAAAAGAGUGCAGCUUCGCAUGAACCCCCACCCGGACCCGUCAGACUAUAUUACUAUUGAUUAA